AUGUGGUCAGUCUUGCCGAGGAAGAAGUCGGCAACUUCGCCCCGCCUACACCAAACAAGACCUCUCACACCUCCCCAAGAGGAGCCAAAGACAACUCCCCAACAACAAGCCGUCGUGCUAGAUGCCAACUACACAUCCCAAACCCAGUCCGAGAGCUUUUCAGACAAGUCGCGUGGAGACGUAACAUGGCACACCCUUCUCUCCUCUGACAAAACCUCCUCUCAAGACAUGUCCGCCGGCAUCGCAAGCUGUCCUGCAAACACAGGUUACCUAGCACAUCACCGCCACACUCAAUCAGAAAUCUACUAUGUUAUUUCUGGCAAGGGAGAGGUUACUGUUGAUGGCAAGGUUCACGCUGUCGCGGGAGGCAGCACAGUGUUUAUUCCUGGAGAUGCCGAGCAUGGUAUCAGGAAUACUGGAGAGCAGGGGUUGAAGUGGUUUUAUGUGUUCCCCACUGCCAGUUUUGGAGAUGUCGAGUAUAGGUUUUCGGAAGUGGAGAAGGUGGAUGAGCGAGUUGAUGAAUUGGUGCCUCGCAAGGAGCCUCCUGUGCUGAAGAUCUACGGCUGGGAUGCUUGA